AUGGUGGUUUCUUAUAACAAUAAUAAUAACAAUAACAAUAACAAUAACAAUAAUAAUAUCAGUAAUAAUAAUAACAAUAAUAACAUGUUCCCUCCUUUUCCUUCUUCCGAUGACUUUGCAAUGUAUCAACAGUCCAGUUCUUCCGGCCCUUACCAAGAAACUUAUGCGAGUGGCCCUCAAAACUUUGGCGAUGCUGUGUAUCCUAUGAAUGGUAAUUUUACUCUUUUACCAUCCGACUUUACACGAGAGCCUAAUGAUUCGUUCUUUUACGAGAAUGACGGAAUUUUUGAUUAUCAGCGUAUUCAACAGCAACCAACUCAAUUCCAGACAAAGCAGCGAAAUGAUUCACAACAGCAACGGUUUUCACAGGAACAAAAUUUCGAAAUUGAUAACGAAGUUGUCCACAAUAACAAUCGUUAUUAUGAAUAUGAAAGGUCAUCAAAUGAAGUCUCUCCUUUUGAUGAUGAGAAUCCAAAUGUGUUAUCUGAUGGCAUGUCACCCACUAUUAUGGCAACUGCAACUGCAGUAACCAACGCAAAUGCGCCUUUACCAGUUAAUGCACAAGCCAAUAAUCCUUUGAAUUUUACAUCGGCCCCAAGUAGAACUGUUUAUUUGGGUAAUGUGCCACCAAACCUAAGCGUUAAAGAGUUAUUGGAUCAUGUCAGAAGUGGUGUCGUUGAAGACGUCAAAAUCAUACCUGAAAAGAUGUGUGCAUUCGUUUCGUUUAUAGAUGAAAGUGCUGCACUAUUGUUCCAUUCAGACGCAAUUUUAAAGCGCUUGAACAUCGGUGACAGGGAUAUCAAAAUCGGGUGGGGGAAACCAACUCGAAUUGAUCCUAUUGUAGCGGCUAGAAUCUCUACGGACGGUGCCACAAGAAAUGUAUACAUUGGCCGUAUGACGAUUGAAGGCGAAGAAUCACAUUUAUCUGAGGAGCAAUUGAGGGUUGAUUUAGAAGAAUAUGGUGAAAUUGACUGUAUAAAAAUUAUCAAGGAAAAGGGAAUCGCCUUUAUUCAUUUUGCGUCUAUUUUAAAUGCUAUAAAAGUGGUUACGAAUCUGCCAAUUAGAAAUCCAUACUAUCAAAAUAAGAGAAUAUUUUAUGGAAAGGACAGAUGUGCAUUUAUUACCAAAACUCAACAACAUAAUGCGGCUCAAUUUCUAGGUGUACAACCUGGUAUGGAACAUAUGAUAGAGUUUUCUGAUCGUGAAUUUAUAUCUAACGCUUUGUUACAACAGUCUGCUGCUGCUGCUGCAAUUGCUACAUCUGCGGGCGGCCCCAAUAACUUGGGUAACAGGACUGUUUACCUGGGCAGCUUGCCUAAGGAUGUUAAAAUUGAAGAAAUAUGUAAUGCAGUUCGUGGAGGUUUAUUACAAAGUAUAAAACUAUUGAACGAUCGAUACGUCUGUUUUGUAACAUUCAUUGAUCCUACUGCUGCUGCGCAGUUUUAUGCAAUGAGUUCUUUGUAUGGAUUCACAGUCCAGAAAAAACGUUGCAAAGUCGGCUGGGGUAAACACUCCGGCCCAUUACCAAAUGCGCUCGCCUUGGCAGUCAGUAAUGGUGCCUCAAGAAAUGUUUAUGUGGGUAAUAUUGAUUUUGUCGGCGAUUCCCUAAGAGAUGAACGUGUCUUCACCGAAAGCAACUUAAGACAUAUCUUUCAGCAAUAUGGGGAAGUGGAACAAAUCAAUUUCUUGCCUGAGAAGAACUGUUGUUUCAUCAAUUAUACUAACAUCAGUAAUGCUAUUUUAGCCUUAGACAAGAUUAAGUCUAACCCCUAUUUCAAAGAUCUCAAAAUAAACUUUGGCAAGGAUAGAUGUGGUAACGUCCCCCACCAAUCACGUUAA